AUGUCAACAAUAUACCGAAGGAUAUUACAGAGAGAGAGUUGGCGCGAGUUUUCGAACGUUGGGGGAAAGUGGUGGACGUCUACAGCGAGAAAAAGAAAUAAACUAGGAAAGAUCUUCGGGUUUGUUAGAUACGCAGAUAUCAAAGACGAGAAAUGGCUAGUAGAUCAAUUCAAGAAUGUUUGGUUCGGUUCUUACAAGGCGUGGGUGAACAUUUCAAGAUUCCGAAGACAAUAUGGUAGAACUUACUUCCGGAGUCACACCAACACAGAGAAACUACGUACAACAAGAAAGGAGAGGAUGAACAUAGACAACCAGAAACCAAGGAACAUAGAAACAUGGAAGAGUAUCAGAAAGGUAGGAAAGUCAUAUGCAGACGCAAUCAGGAACAAAGAACAACAUGCGGAAUGUCAAGAGAAGAUGCAUGACACUCACACAGGCUGGAGGGAUCACCAAAACGGAGUUGCUUUUAAAGAGGGUUCAGGAAUAGUCAUUACAAUUAAAGAAGAAGAGAUGGCUUGGGUCAAAGCAGGCUUUAGCGGAUUCGUCAGGAAGGCGGAAGAGGUAAACUUAAUACAACAAAGACUGGAGAAAGAAGGCAUCAUGACAGUGAAGGUAAUUCCUAUGGGAGGUGAAAGAGUUUUCUUAAAAGUAGAAGAGAAUGAAGACUUCAACAGUUUAGUUAGAGAGUCCUCGAUUAUUUUCAUUCGAGAGUUAAGUGUGAUCAGAAAAUGGGAACCAAGAGACGUCAGAGGCUCGAGAUAUGUGUGGAUGCGAGUUUUGGGAAUUCUUAUACAUGCUUGGUGCAACAAAAUGUUUUCCUUAAUAACAAUUUCCUUUGGCAGGCUUAUAAAAGAAGAUCAAGAAACACAAGACAGAGAGAGAUUGGACUUAGCCAGAUUGUUCGUUCGGACGCCUAACAUGGAAUUUAUCAACAAGAUGAUCAAUGUCCAAAUAAACAAAGAGAAUUUUGUCAUAAGACUCACAGAAGAAUUGUGCAAUUGUGAUCCUGAUGAUUGCAUAUUGGAUUUCAACGACUUUUCCACUGGUAUGGAAAAUGAUGAUGAUGAUGACAGCUCUGUUAACUCAGAAGAUACAUGUAUCCCUCCUUCCAUGGCGUCUUUGGAAGACGAAGAGACCAUGAAGAAAUUGGAAGAUAAUUACGAGCAAUUAAUUAAGGCGGCGGCUGCAGCUCAAGCUUUAAAUGUGGAAUCGCAGGCGGCUGGCAAUAGAUGGAAUGAGAAUAACGAGGAAAUUACCUUUCGAGAACCUGCACCAAUAUUUAAUACCACGACUUACAAAUCAAAUGCAUGCAGUGAUGGUAACUAUUCAGAGUCAAUGGGGGGGAUUAAUCUGCCAUGUGGGAAUACAUAA